AUGUCGCGCAUCCUCGCGGCGCUGCACGCUCAAGAUGAUGAGGACGACCCCGUCAAUGUCGACUUCCUCCAACCUGACGCGCUUGCAGGCAACAAGCGCAGGUGGGACGAUCAGGCGGGUCCGGGGCCGUCGAGCACGCCUGGUUCUGGUAAUAAACGACGUGCAUCCGGGACCCCUAGAGAGCAGCUCAACAGACUCCCAAGCGGGCUUCUUGCGAGCACCCAAUCACCUGACACCAGAAUUCGCUUGGAAUCCGGUGGCGAUGUGUAUAAUGCACGAGCGUUACUCUCUAGCUCUCCACUCGUGCUCAGAAGCGCAGGAACAUUUCAACUGAAUUACGACAAAGAGAGCUCUCUUACGCAGUUUGAUAUUGGCGGUCCGGAUCAACAAGAACGCCUCGCGGAAUUUGUCUCGAAGAGUAUUGAUAAUUUGAGCAGCGGGUUGCUCGUUCGCGACGGGAUGAAGUAUUUGGGCUUGAAAGAUGCGAAAGACUUGCUUCCCGGCAUGGAGGUCCGUCUGAUUCCUCACCAAAUCAUCGGAGUCACUUGGAUGCUCAUACAGGAAAAAGAAAGUCAAUACAAAGGCGGCAUCCUGGCAGAUGACAUGGGAUUGGGUAAAACAGUUCAGAUGAUUGCCACCAUGGCGAUGAACAUGCCGGAUUGGAAAGAGGAGCUUGAGGCGAAAACGAAUGGAAUUUUCAAUGUACAUAUCCACCACGGCAAAGACAAACUCAAGACAGUCUCCGCGAUGCGAUCGAAAGACGUCAUCAUCACAACGUACCAAACACUUAAUCUUGAGUUUGUGAUCAAAGACCCCGACGUCGAGGAGGAUGAGCAUCUGAAAUGGCUUCAGCAAUACGGAGGUCCACUCGCGAGGAUGAAGUGGCGCCGCGUCGUCUUGGACGAAGCACAGGCGACGCGCUCAAGUAAAACCGUAGCUCAACUGCGCUCCAAAUAUCGCUGGCUUUUGACGGGCACGCCUGUCACGAACACCUUAGCCGACAUCUACGGGCUUAUCCGUUUCGGCCAUUUUCGACCGUGGAAUGAUUGGGAGAGUUUCGACGAAUACAUCUGCAAGGUGCAAAUUUACGAUCCUCCACUCGCAGGCCUCCGCGCGCAAGAGAUUCUCAAACCGAUCAUGCUGCGCCGCAAGAAGGACGCGCAGCUCGAGGGCAAGCCGCUCCUCACGCUUCCUCCGAAAUCCAUCGAGAUAGUGACGCUGGAUUUUUCUUCGGAUGAACGCGAGCUGUACGACAACUUUGAGAAGCGGGCGAAGAUCCGUAUCGGAAAGUUCAUCAGGGAGAACACGAUCCUCAAAAAUCAUGCUGUCGUGCUUGUCAUGAUUUUGCGCCUGCGGCAGCUGUGCUGCCACCCGAAUCUUAUCCUCAGUCAGACUGAAGGAUUCGAGGAUCCUAGCUUAUUGCUUGCGAGUGACGCCGACAAGGAGCUGGGUCGUGCGAAGCGAGUCAUGGGCCCGGCAUGGGUCGACAAGAUCAAGAAACGAACAUUGGAACACGCGCGAGCGGUGGAGCUCGAUUUCACCGAUGAGGGCUCUGAAGACGAUGUGACGUGUCCCGUGUGCGGGGACAUGUUUUUCAACGACACCGGCAGAGUUCUGACAUGCGGACACGAGAUCUGUUUCGAGUGCCUGUUGAAUUUGCGCGAAGCGCCGAUUGCACACAAUGGCCAGUUUGGGUACGGUAACGAGCAGCAGAACCUCAGGGUCGAGAAAGAGUUUGAGCUCGCUGAAGCCAAAGGUCUUCGACCUUGCCCCACAUGUAAGAAGAUGUGCGACUUCAGUGCGAAUUCUGUCUUCAAUCUAUCGGCCUUCGAGCCUAGCGAGGACGAGAUGAAGGCAUACGUACGGGCCGAGCGCGAGCGCAGCAAGAAGAAAAUUGAGAAGCCGGAGAGCGCCGACCCGCUGGAGUUCUCUUCGUUGAUGGACACCACGACCAAGAAGAAAGAAUUUUCAGGUAAUUUGAGUGAUUUGAGUUCCGACGACGACGACGACAUGCCAGAUAUUGCGACGCUAUUGAAGACUGUGGGUGAGAAGGGGAAGAUGAAGCAAAAAAUGAUCAACCUAGACGAGAGCACAGAUGAUGAACAACCACCGUCCUCCCCUCGCGCCCCAACCUCAUCUCUAAACUCUAACGAACAGGAUCCUACUGCGCAAGGCAAAGGCAAGGCCACGAGACGGGAAGGCAGCGCGGGCGCAGCGACAGCGAGCAUGGUUGCGACCUGGCGCCGCGAAGACGACGUCGAGCCCAGUGCGAAAAUGCUCGCUAUGAUCGACGCCUUGAAAGAAGCGGAGACCCACGGAGACAAGACCAUUGUCUACUCACAAUGGACUUCAAUGCUUGACUUGGUAGAGACGUUAUUCGCACGGUAUGGAAUUCAGACAUUGAGGUACGACGGGAAAAUGAGCCGAGAGGCGAGGGACCGAACGCUAGUCGACUUCAGACGAGUUGGGAGCCCCAAAGUCAUUCUUAUCAGUACGAAAUGCGGAAGUGUUGGCCUGAAUCUUGUCACUGCGAACCGAGUCAUAAAUUUGGAUCUGUCAUGGAACUACGCAGCUGAGUCCCAGGCGUAUGACCGUGUACAUCGACUUGGUCAGGAGAAGAACGUGUUUGUAAAACGGCUGGUGGUAAGGAACACCAUCGAAGAACGGAUGCUCCGAUUGCAGAACCUGAAAAUAGGGCUGUCGGAUGCAGCACUUGGAGAGGGGACCGGGAUGAAGUUGCACAAGAUGAGUGUGAAGGAGAUCAAACUGCUGUUCGGCAUGACACCAGCUCAGAGGCCCGCGGCGCAGUCCGGCGAGCAAGUACUGGACAAUAUUUGUCCACAAACCGCGUAA